AUGGCAGAGGAACAACAUUGUGGAAAAUGUAGAAAAGCUGUUUGCGUUGCAAAGUGUCAUGGAUGUAACAAAUCAUUUUCUAUGUCACAUUUUGUAAAACAUCGACUACAUCUCGCUCAACAGAUGGAUAAUCUUCAAGAAAAAUUUGAAUUAUUACAAAACGAUAUAAAUAAAGAUAAUUUUAAGCAAUCACUUCUGUCAAAUAUUUAUGAUUGGGAACAAAGAUCAAUGAGAAAAAUUCAGGAAAUUGCCGAAAAUGCGCGAAAAGAUGUUGAGGAAAAAUUACUGCCGCUAAAAAUGGAUGUUGAAAUUUCAAUCAGACAAAUCACAAGAGACUUUCAAACAUAUGCAGACGCAGAUAAUUACACAGAAUUUGAACUUGAAAAAUGGGCUAAAAGAAUAUCUGAUCUUCGAUAUUCAGUUGAGCAUCCAUCUAAAAUAGAAAUUGUAGAAGAUAAUAAACUUUCGUCAACAAUUUAUGGAAUUAAAAUUAUUGAACAAAACCGACAACAACAAUCAUUAUGUACAAACUCCAUAUCAGAAACAGAUAGCUACACUUCAGAACAAUCGAUGGAAUUGAUUCCGGAAUAUUUUGUACCAAUGUAUGGACCGUGUAGAUUAUCCGAAGACAAAUAUGUUGUUGCACAUUUAAGUUAUCGUGCUGGACUAUCACAAAUCACUGGUUCAAAUAAUUAUUCAUCUGGAAAACAUUCGAUUUCAUUUCUAAUUGAAAAAAAAGGCAUUAAAAAUGUGUUUAUCGGCAUACAUUCAGCAUCAAAUGAAGCUUCUUUUCCAUUCGAUCGUUCGAUUUAUGGAUGGUGGAAUCUCGAUUAUGUUAUUAUUAAUGGUGAACAUGAAGGUGGAGAUGAUAAUUUAGUAAUUCAAACAGGUGAUAAAAUAACAUUAACAGUAGAUUGUGAUAAUCUACAAAUUCAUUUCGAACAUCAUCGGACUCGAAAAAUUUGUAAUAUUCCUAUAGAAUUGAACAUGUGUCCGUUUCCUUGGCGAAUACUAAUAAGAUUAUUGAUGCCAGGUGAUUCCAUACGUAUUUUUAAUUAA